AAGGAAAGAAAGGUGGCUCUAAAAUGUCAUUUGGUUCUGACACAAAUCUUAUUGGGCAAUGAGAGACAAAUUUCCGCUUUGUGUUGAGCCAAACCCUAUAUAAGGUCAUCACGAGCAAUUUUCAGUCUUGUAUCUUUCCAUGAGAAGCUAAUGGCUGAAAGACCACAGAAGCACAGUUUCCUCUGGGAAAAAAUGUGUGGGCUCUUCUUUGUCCUGGUGACGUGCACAGUGGGUGCCUCUGCUUUCAGACUCCAGCAAGUCAAAAGCACAGAAAACUGCCCAGAUCACACCGUGUUUUUCAAACACUACUAUGAACUGCAUGGAGAACCUGUGGUUCUGAAAUGCCCUUCCCCCAGGUACAAACAUUCGGAUUUUUCUGCCUUGACCCCUAAUAUCACAUGGUAUAAAAAUGUUUCAAAAACCAUGAUAUCAGGAAGAGAUGAAGAUCCAAGAAUCUGGGCAGAAGGAGAUACACUUUGGUUUUUACCAGCAAUGCUAGAAGACUCAGGAGUAUAUAUCUGCACCAGAAGGAACUCCUCCUACUGCACCGAGGUCUCCAUCCACCUCACGGUCUUGGAGAAAACAGCUGCUCGGGAGAUUGCCUAUCUCCAGGUCCUCUUCACUUUCACCUCUGGAAAGAUCGUUUGCCCAGACCUGUGGGAUUUUACACCAAAUAGGACAAGCCUGGAGCUCAAGUGGUACAAGGACGCACUGCCUUUGGAGGGCAGUGAUGACAAGUACGUAAUUCUGAAAGGUUCGAGUUCUCUGAUCAUGACUUCUGUGCUGCCAGCGGACUCUGGGUAUUACACCUGCAAGAUGUCGUUCCCGUUUGAAGGUGCAACGUAUGAAGUCACCAGAACGAUUCACCUGGAGACUGUUGAACAAGAAAAAAUAAUUACCCCAAUAAUUGUGUAUCCAACACAAAAGACAACAUCAGCUGCUCUCGGCUCCAAGAUGACUCUUCCAUGCAAAGUGUUUGUUGGGCUGAGCAGCCACGUCAAUACCGAUGUGGAAUGGCUAGCAAAUGACACCACUGUUGAUGUGGUUUACAAGCGAAGCAGAGUUACAGAGGGAGAACGACAAGAAAUUGUAGAAAAUGGUGAAAAUUUCAUUGAAGUGCCACUGAUUUUUGAUCCUGUCAAAGAAGAGGAUUUUUACACAGACUUUACAUGUCUGGCCCAGAACACAUACGGGUACCAAGUACUACCAACAAGGGUCAAGCAGGAAGCUGCUGGCUUGUCCUGGUACAUCACGGUGAUCCCCGUUGCAUUGGCCUGCGUGAUUGCGGCAGGGAUAUGCAUACACAAGUGCUGGAAGUGGAAAGCCGAUAAAGGAUACACAAUAGCAAAGUUUAAGACCUGCCUUAUUCUCCAGCCACCAACGGAACAAAAAACCAUCCUGGCUAUCUUUCAUGCGAGACACAGAGAGACAUUGCAGACCAGAUAUGCUGCUUUCCCAGCAGAUGGAUAGAUGUCAGCUAUUUUUUCCUCUUCCCCAAGUCUUUUAUGAUCUAAUGAGGUUACAAAUACAAGUUUGCAUUUUGAUGCUGCCUAGAUGCAGGAAACCUGCUUCUAGUAUUUUGCAGCUAGGGUGCAAUCCAUAGAAUUUUGGAACACAGAAUACUAGGCAUGUGUCCUAAAUAAGGGAAAGGUAGGGAAAGGGAGGUGCUCUCACCCUUUGUAAUUCCAAUAGUGCUGCAGAUUAAAAAAAAAAAAAAAAAGGAAAACCUUAAAAUCUAAAAACAGAAGCUAAGAAAGCUUGCUGCAGAAGGACUAUUCCACAACAGUGCAAAAAUGCAGUUUCCUUAUGCAUCCACACUAAUUUUAUUUUACUUCAGUCUAAAAAGCGCUAGUUUUUACCCUUUUCCAGAACCAAAUACAAUUGUCAUAGCAACUGUAUACCUAUGAACUUUUCCACAGAAAAAAUCUAAUUUUUUUCACCACUUGGAUGUCUCUUUGCUUAAAUGAACUGCCUCAGAAUAUCCCUCCCCAGUAGAGGGGGAAUACAUCAGCAUAACAGAUAAUUGUACACUGGAGAAUUCGGUUCUGUUUUAGCUACCGAUAUCCCAUAGCAGAGGUUUAUAGGCAUCUGUAACAUGUUGUUAUCUUUGCCAAGAAAAUAAUUGGGAGGGAUGUUUUAGUGUUUCAAGAGUCAUUUGACUAACAGAAAGUUAUUCCUGGAAGUGAUUGGAUAGAUUGCUGGUAAUAAUAUACAGUCUUCCCCUUCUGUGCCUCUUUCACGACUGGCCUGGUUCUCCUCUCCGAUGUGAGUAUAAAAGUUUGCAAUAGAUUACCAUGAACCAUGAGUCUGCACUGGUCUAAAGCUGGUGCAGCUUCAGGAACCUUGGGUCCUUUAAGUUGAAGUAUGCAAAUCAAUUACUCAUGAUGCAAAAUGCGGCCCAUUAGGUUAAUCUAACUGGAUUCCAGUCUUGAAAUAAAUCAGAAGGGAGUAAUAAUUAACCAGUGACUGUUUUACUUUGAGGACCAGAAUAAGCAGAAUGACUUAGUUACUUCCUCUUCCAAGAAAUAACACUUACGAUAGCGGAGAAAUAUUUCCAUCCUAUAAAAUGUGUAUUAUCUUCAUCCAUAUGGGGCAGGAAGGGAUCCAGCCUUAAGGUCUAGAUUACUACAGACCCUUAACUGACACCUCUCACAUACACCAAAGAUAAAGUUUUUUGUUCAGGUGAAUCAGCCCAGAGGUUUUUUUGAACUGUAGGGAAAAAAAACAAUCAGGAAAAAAGCUGGCUUCAAAGAGAUAGAUGCUAAUGUAAGAACAGUAGAACUGCAGGCAGUCCCACAAGCUAGGGAAAUGAACAACUCGCAUCCAUCUGGAAGAGGCCGUAAUCUAAUUCCUUUCCACCACCACUUACAGCUGGUCCAGAGUUUGGCCCAAUAGAUAUCUGGAAGGAUUUUAAAAGACUAGAAUGUGGCUUGAAUUAAGAAACCUUUCAAUCUGUCAGCAAGAAUCUUCACAUUUUAUGAGAUUUAAGCCAAAGUCUCCCUUUAAAUAUUCUAAAUCUUUGCUGUGAAGAUACAGGCACAGAGAUUAGAUUUCUGAGACAGUCUGAGUCAAUGGCAACCAAAGACGACCACAAAGAAGAACACUUACUGUUUCCAAGAGCAGGAUGUUAAAGAUCAUGAUAAACAAUACAUAUAUAUUAUGGGCAGAUGGGAAAAAGGUGGCUGCCAGUGUCAAAAACAGUCAAUCCACUUGGAUAUUUGUCUUUUGAAGGAAGAAAAGUAUAGAUGAACUGACCAUUGCUAGAAGGAACAUGAAAAAUGUUUAAGGUACAUCAGGAAUGCUUAUUUUUAUGAAGGAGUUGCUAGUCUGUUGCUAGAGAACAAAUGAGGUUUGCCAGUAAGUGUAACCUUUCAAAACGUGAUUUGUUCUUCCUACCCAUCUGUAUCCUCCAAAAGUAGUGUGAUAACAAAUCUGGCUGUAGGCAUAGGGUUGGAUUUCACUAAGCAGUGAAAAAUAAGUAGAACUUUUCAUAUAUGCAGUAUCUGUGCCAUAAGAAAGUUAAAUACCUCAGCUCCUCCUCCAAACCAGAGAAGGAGAAAAAGAUGCGAAUGUGCGAUAAAAAUCAGGUAUACAGAGAACUGAUGCUACAAACUCAGUGGCAUCUUGAAUAUGAGGGAAAGGUAAAGAAAUAUCUUUUAUCUUUUAUGAAGUGACAUUUGCUUCUCUGACUACUGAUAAAGUAAUAUUCUGAAGGCUUCAUCAUAGAUAGACUUGUUCAAGUGAACUACAUAGUGUAAAUGUUUUACAGGUAGAUUUGAACAUGUGUCUGUUGAAUGUAAAUGAUUUGUAUGGUUAUAAACAAGGGUAAGGCAGUUUAUAUUGUUUUUGAAAAUGUUAUGCAAAAAAUGAAAAAAAAACCAAAACCCAAACCAAAACAAA